AAUCCUUCGGUCAAAUCCGUGCCCGUUACGUAACCGUCAAUCUUACGGCCUGUCCGACACUCCACACGUCUAACAUAAUGUGGUUUGUCACACCUCGAUAAGGUGGCCGUGGGCAUCUCACAUCGAACGUGAUCUUCGGAGACACACUCCUCCCAAGUACGCAUUUGAUUCGUUACCAGCUUGCUUCUUUACGAGACCUGCCAAAGAUGAGAUCCGCACCCAUUUCUACGGUAUAUGUUCGCAAUCUCGAGGAGCGUGUGAAGCCACAUGUCUUAAAGGAGGCUCUUCUACAUAUAUUCUCCGAGUAUGGGACCGUUAUCGACAUCAUCGCCAAAACGAACUUGAAGGCAAAGGGACAGGCCUUUGUGGUCUUUGACAAUCCCGAGUCUGCUCAAGCCUCUACCGACGAGUUGCAGGGGUUCGUGUUGUUUGAGAAGCCAAUGCAAGUCGCGCUCGCAAGGACAAGAAGCGAUGCAACGGUCAAGACCUCCGGAACUGAAGAGGAGUUCGAAAUGCAUAAGCGACGAAGGCUCGCAGAAAAGGACAAAAAGAAGGCCCUCGAGGCUGCAGAAGAACAGAAGCGGCUCAAGCGACCGGGUCACGGCGCUCCGUUACAGGAUGCCGCCUCUAGACCUGUUAAGAUCCCUCGGGGAACAGGGCUGAAGUCAUCACAUCCUGCUACUACCGUCAUUCCGGACGAAUAUCUGCCUCCAAACAAGAUAUUGUUUGUUCAGAAUCUCCCCGACGACUACGAUAUCCAAGCAGUAACCAGCAUAUUCGGGCGAUUCGACGGGUUCCGUGAGGUCCGGCUUGUCCCGGGCCGGCGGGGAAUUGCCUUCGUCGAGUACGCAGGAGAACAAGGUGCCAUCACUGCCAAGGAGAACACUGCCGGUAUGGUGUUGGGAGACUCCCAUACCAUCAAGGUGACAUAUCAGAGACAUUAGACACGACAGUCUUAAGACCGUGCAAAGGUACCGUGUGCAUAAACAGUUUCCUUGCGGUCAAGUCACCAACUCUCGUGAAUACUUAACUAAGGAAAGCGCCCUGUCACGACGCGCUUUAUUGCCGAAAGGAAGGUCAAGUCUACCAUGAUGCCGUACUCUGCGAUACUCUCUGCGACUAAUCUACAAAAGAUCAUCCGCUCGGACACAUUCAUUUUGUCGCGGUGGCCCCAUAGGGUUUCUGUCUGGCACGGUGCCGUGCAUCUUAGAAAAUGACAUCCUCGUCUUCCCCAGCAACCAAAAUGUCCGCAGGACCUCUGGAUGGAUGGUCAUCGUCGUCACGUUCGGCGGCAGCCCUCCUAGCUUUCAUCUCGGCAUCCGAUGCUGCAGUGUCUCUCUGUUUCUUCCCCGCCACCUUUUUUAAUCGGUAGAACUCCUCCCUGUCUAGUUCAUCGAGCUCUGAAUUGAUGU